UUCCAAAGUAGCUGUUUUGGGGUUGUACAUUAGACGAGUGAAGUAGUGUUGUAAUGCCAAUGAUGUUGUAAAGCUGGAACACCCAGCAGCAGCCCGCGUCGUCCAGAGGUGGCGCGGCAGCCCGCACACUCUUCUAUAUUCUAUAUUUCUAUGCUGUCUGUCACAUGCAGGCUGGACUUGUAAACAUGGCGACGGACGGGAUGGUGCUCACCAACCACGACCAUCAGACUCGAGUGGGGAUCCUGACCGUCAGUGACAGUUGUUACAAGAACUUGGCUGAGGACAGAAGUGGGGUCAAUUUGAAGGACCUGGUCCAUGAUCCUUCACUGUUAGGUGGCGUCAUCACAGCCUAUAAAAUUGUCCCAGAUGAGCUUGAUGAAAUCAAGGAAACUCUUCUGGAUUGGUGUGAUGACCAGGAGCUUAAUCUCAUUCUCACCACUGGAGGAACUGGAUUUGCACCCAGAGAUGUGACACCAGAGGCCACCAGAGACGUGAUCGAGAGAGAGGCUCCAGGUAUGGCUCUGGCCAUGCUGAUGGGAUCCCUUAACGUCACGCCACUUGGCAUGUUGUCCAGGCCAGUGUGUGGCAUCCGUGGUAAAACUCUGAUCAUCAACCUUCCGGGGAGCAAGAAAGGCUCUCAGGAGUGUUUUCAGUUCAUCCUGCCGGCUCUGCCCCAUGCUAUCGAUCUGCUCCGCGAGGCCACGGUCAGGGUGAAAUGUGUACAUGCCGCCUUGGAGCAGCUGCCCUCUCCUUCCUUCCUGCUGGCCAACGCCCACACCAACGCGCACGCCCACUCGCACACCAUGGAGCGAGGCACCCAGUGUGAAGAGGAGGACGAGGAGGAAGACGAGCGGCGGAGAGGUCGACACUCACACCACCACCACCACAAUCACCACCAGCACGGCUCUUCCCACAUCACCGCAGCUGCUAUUGCUGCCAAGACCAGCCAUGCUGUGGUCAUGGCUAAGGGGGGUCCCUACCUGCCCAGCACCACGCCUGCACUUCCCACUCAUUUCACCUGCUCCUGUAGCCAUGACCAGCAGAUUCCGGACUCCAUCAUUUCUCGAGGUGUUCAGGUGCUUCCUCGAGAUUCUGCCUCUUUGAGUUCCACCCCUUCUGAGUCACCCCGGGCCACUCAGGCGACCUCACGCCUUUCCACCGCAUCAUGCCCGACACCCAAGGUUCAGUCCCGUUGUGGCAGUAACGAGAACAUUCUCAGAGCCAGUCACAGUGCGGUGGACAUCAGCAAGGUGGCACGACGUCAUCGCAUGUCCCCGUUUCCUCUGACAUCCAUGGACAAAGCCUUCAUCACUGUUCUAGAGAUGACUCCUAUUCUUGGGAUUGAAGUCAUUAACUACAGAGACGGUAUGGGUCGAGUGCUCGCUCAGGACAUCUAUGCCAAAGACAACCUUCCUCCAUUUCCAGCCUCUGUUAAAGAUGGCUACGCUGUAAGAGCUGCUGAUGGCCCAGGAGAUCGCUUCAUCAUGGGAGAGUCACAAGCUGGACAACAGCCCACUCACACAGUGAUGCCAGGCCAAGUCAUGAGAGUGACCACCGGAGCUCCCAUUCCCUGCGGUGCUGAUGCGGUCGUCCAAGUGGAAGAUACAGAACUACUAAGGGAGUCUGAAGAUGUCAGCACACCAUCAUUUGUUCGGGGGGUUGUAUGUGUCUUAUCAAGUGACAUUAUUUCUGCUGUGAUUCAGGGUACAGAAGAGUUGGAAGUAAGGAUUAUGGUCCAAGCUCGACCUGGGCAGGACAUCAGACCAAUAGGUCAUGACAUCAGGCGAGGGGAGUGUGUAUUAGCGAAAGGAACACACAUGGGCCCAUCAGAAAUAGGUCUGCUGGCUACAGUGGGAGUGACUGACGUCAGUGUGCACAAGUUCCCAGUGGUAGCUGUCAUGUCCACUGGAAACGAGCUGCUGAAUCCAGAGGAUGACCUCCACCCUGGUAAGAUCAGGGAUUCUAACCGCUCCACUCUGCUGGCCACCAUCCAGGAACAUGGAUACCCCACUAUCAACCUGGGCAUUGUUGGAGACAAUCCUGAUGACCUGCUGUCAGCACUCCAUGAAGGGAUCAGUCGUGCGGAUGUCAUCAUCACCUCAGGGGGUGUGUCUAUGGGAGAGAAGGACUACCUGAAGCAAGUACUGGACAUCGAUCUUCAUGCUCAGAUCCACUUUGGGCGUGUCUUUAUGAAGCCAGGUCUUCCCACUACCUUUGCCACUGCUGACAUUGAUGGAGCACGGAAACUCAUCUUUGCUCUGCCAGGUAACCCAGUGUCUGCAGUGGUGACAUGCAAUCUCUUUGUGAUUCCUGCCCUGAGAAAGAUGCAAGGCAUUCUGGACCCCAGACCUACAAUUAUUAAAGCCAGGCUUUCAUGUGACGUGAAGCUAGAUCCCAGACCGGAGUACCAUCGCUGUAUUCUCACCUGGCAUCACCAGGAGCCACUGCCUUGGGCCCAAAGCACAGGUAACCAGGUGUCCAGCAGGCUCAUGUCCAUGCGUAGUGCCAACGGCCUGCUGAUGUUGCCUCCGAAGACGGAGCAGUAUGUGGAGCUGCACAAGGGAGAAGUGGUGGAUGUCAUGGUCAUCGGACGACUAUGAUGCAGAUGAGAUUUUCACUUGUGACUGUGGUGCUGGGACCUCCUGGGGUGGCAGGAAGUGAAGCAUGUCUACCUGGCCGCUAUUAGCUGUGAUAUCAUAUGCAACAGCCAAUUGGAGCCAGCACAGGCUGAAUUCUCAUGUCUGCAUUGAGAAGAAUAACUGUAUUUCCAUGGAAAAAAAAUAUAAAUAUGAAAUUUAUUCUGUAAUAUGAUAUCAUUAUCUUGGUUAGAAUGAUUAUUCUUACUUCAUAUUCUAUUAUUAUUGUCAUUCUUUCGCUAUCAUCUUAGUAGUGCUCACUUCCUCAUGUUCCCUGCGUAGUCAUCCUGUAGAUAUAGAAGCUUUCUCAUCGUGCCUACACUUUGUCCUAUCCAUUGCUCUAUCCAUAUAUCUACAUACUUUCAUUUACAAUUCCCUACAAGAUCUAAUAUUACUGGACUGGAAGAUCUCAGGUGGAUCUAAUAUUACUGGACUGGAAGAUCUCAGGUGGAUCUAAUAUUACUGGACUGGAAGAUCUCAGGUGGAUCUAAUAUUACUGGACUGGAAGAUCUCAGGUGGAUCUAAUAUUACUGGACUGGAAGAUCUCAGGUGGAUCUAAUAUUACCGCAAUGACUUUGUCACCAAGACAAACAUCGGCAGAAAAACUCCAUUUUUUUUUUACAAGUGGCAUAUUUGAAUAUUAUUGGAUGCAAGUGACAACUAACUUCAAUUCUUGGUGACGUAGCCUGUUUAGGGUCACCUACUGCAUUUUUGCUAUAUAAGCCCCACCCACUAAAUUUUAAGGAAUUUUUUUCUUCUUCCGGACUAUAAGUGGCAGAUAUAUACGAGUUAUUUACACAGAAAUUCUUUGUAAAUGUUUACUGACAUAGAGUACCUUAUUUCUUUCCAAACGAAACCGAAGUCAUGGUCCUGGACCCCCAAUCAGCUAAACAGACUCCAGAACUCCACGGUGACAUUUUGCUGAAUUUACUGAGGAAUUUGUGAAACUGAAAUGAUACAAAAAGAAUGCCGUCGUAAGUUAAUGUGUUAGCAAAUUAGCUAAUGCUAACAAUGCUAGUGUCAUUACAUGACGAUAGCAGGUACAAAUAUGCAUGAAAACACUCCUACAGACAUCACACAUGGGACACUUUAUUAAGUAUAAACAGUUUUAGUUAUAUUGUCAAACUUGCCAACGUUGCUUGGAGGGAUGAAUGAAGAAUUCAUACGAGUAGAAACGCUAUGGACGGCUAGGAGACUGAACUGCCCUCUACUUCCGGUUUAAAGCACUAAAUGGAAGGACACUGCAGCCAACCUAUCCAAAUGAUAACGCCAUAGCACAAACAAUAAAACACAUUUUAGUGUGUUUGCUUGUUUUUUAAAGCUAAUUGUAUUAUGGCUGUCGGUGCAGAAAAAUCCACAAAUGAGCCCCACCGUUUUAUAAGCCGCAGGGUUCAAAGUGUAGGAAAAAAGUAGCAGCUUAUAGCCUGGAAUUUACAGUACUUGUAGCCUGUGGGGUAUUUUCUAAAAGUUCCACUUGAUUAUUGAAUCGUCAAUAAUACGAGCGAACAAUACUUGGAUUUGUCAUCUGGUUUUUUCGUCCAGAAGUUUUCAUUUGGUGGGGAUUUCCCAGACAGUAACUGAGGGGAGAGGAAGUCAUGACAAGCAACCUGCUUAAAGUCUCUUAGACUUAGACAAACUUUAAGUCUAAGUAACUGUAACUGAGGGGAGAGGAAGACAUGACAAGCAACCUGCUUAAAGUCUCUUGUUUGGGAAUAAUUGUCCUUCCCAGUAAAAAGAGGGAGCCAGACAAGUGGACCGGAGUGUUCCACAGAGCCAGACAAGUAGACCGGAGUGUUACACAGAGCCAGACAAGUGGACCGGAGUGUUCCACAGAGCCAGACAAGUGGACCGGAGUGUUCCACAGAGCCAGACAAGUGGACCGGAGUGUUCCACAGAGCCAGACAAGUGGACCGGAGUGUUCCACAGAGAUGCUCCAAACUGCAACUAUUCUUGCUGCAAUAAAAGUAAAAGCAUCCUUCACACUCUUCAAAGUGUUGCAGUUCCUAGCACACAUGUUCUACAUCUAGGGUGUCCAAAGUGCGGCAGAGAGCCACAUUGUAAAAAUAAAGUGAAAUUCCUUAUGAAUGAGAUGUAUUUUUGCAUCUUGAUCUAGUUGUCUUUGUCACCUCCAACACAAGAUGUUGACUUUUGGACUGACAUUGUUUCGCUUUUACCAUCUUUAAGAUUCAAGAUCCUGCUGGACUCUUGAGGGUGCAUGGGAGUUUGCCCAACCAGUGGACUUGGAGAAGGCAUCGGACCGUGUCCAUGGGGAAGUCCUCAGAGAGUAUGGGCUAUCGGACCGCCUGCUUGUGGCGGUCCACUCCCUGUAUGAUGGUGUCAGAGCUUGGUCCGCUGUAAGUCAGACCUGUUUCCACCAUAGCUGCCCUUUGUCACCGAUUCCAUUUACAACUUUUAUGGACAGAAGUUCUUAGUGAAGUCAGGGCGUUGAGGGGAUCCGGUUUGGUGGCUGCAGGAUUAGGUCUCUGCUUUCCACAGAUGAUGUGGUCCUGAUGGCUUCAUUGGCCAGGAUCUUCAGCUCUCACUGGAUCGGUUCGCAGCCGAGUGUGUACUUGCAAGUCGCCCGGAAAAUAAUGGAAUGCCAUCCUUGGGACGAAGUCUUGCCCCAGAUAGAGGAGUUCAAGUACCUUGGAGUCUUGUUCACGAGUGAGGGAAGAGUGGAUGGUGAGAUCCACAGCAGGAUCGGUGCGGUCCGCAGUAUCGAUCCGUUGUGGUGAAGAAAGAGCUGAGCCGGAAGGCAAAGCUCUCAAUUUACCGGUCGAUCUACGUUCCCACCCUCACCUAUGGUCAUGAGCUUUGGGUUAUGACCGAAAGGACAAGAUCACGGGUACAAGCGGCCCAAAUUAUUUUCCUCAGUUGGCUCUCCCUUAGAGAUAGGCUGAGAAGAUCUGUCAUUCAAGAGGAGCUCAAAGUAAAGCCGCUGCUCCUCCACAUCCGGCUAGUAGGAGGCCAAGGGGAAGACCCAGAACACGGUGGAGAGACUAUGUCUCCCGGCUGGCCUGGGAACGCCUCAGGAUACCCAGGAAAGAGCUGGACAAAGUAGCUUGGGAAAUGGAAGUCUGGGUUUCUCUGCUUAGGCUGCUGCCCCCGCGACCCCACCUCGGAUAAGCAGAAGAAGAUGGAUUGGAAUAUUCAAGACUCUUUCUAGUCAUUAUGCCAACAUCACAUAAUGAUGCUCCCAAUGAAGGGAAAUGUAUAAAUACUGGCCAAGAAAAGGAAAGGCACUCUCUAAAAAGUCAGAAUAUUGCACUUAGACGACUAGGGACAAACAGGUAAAAGUGCACACCCUAUCCAGAGUGGUGAGUCCCUGCUCGGGGAUAAGUGUCCUUACACGGGGCACAACAACUGUUUCAAAGACGUGUAGUGCUAGUUUUAAUGUAUGUGUUCAGGACGCGGGUCAAACAGUCCAUUACCCGGGUAAUACAUCUGGCCUUCCUCUGAGCUAUAAAGGGAGUCCAGCUCUGGUCCACCACGGUCUGUGAUCCACUGAACCUUGGUCUCCUCUGCGGUGCACUUGUCAUACCAAACUGUUGGCACUCACAGUCAGACACACUUGAAUAAUGCACUCAAUGGUAUUUAGCAUUUUUCUUUUUCUAAUCUGUUAUUGAAAAAUACCUGUCAGCAGUUUGCUCUUUUUAUUUUGGGGAUUUAGAAAAUGAUCAGAAGUGUUUUACAGUAGUCAAAAUACACCAAACUGUGACCUUUCAAUGGAGGUAUUACCCAACCGUAUGGUUGCACACCUCCCUAAAUACAACUGAUGUCAUUCUAUUACUGAUCGCUGGGAUUUUACAUUCUGUACCAGGGGUGUCCAAACUUUUUCACCUGGGGGCCGCGUUGGGCUUAAAUAAAUUUGGCCAGGCCGAAAGACGACUGCAUGUAAAGUAACAUAUAUAUAUAUAUAUUUAUUAUUAAUAAUGUUAAUAUAAUGAAUAUAUCAAUGGUAAUUAGUAUAAUUAGAUAUGUGAAAGUUGCACUCUUACUUUGUUUACUUCUGUGACAACCUCCCUAAAGUUGUGUAAUCAAUGAGAAAUAUCAAGCAUCUAAAACAUGAGUCUUUUGCAUUUUCCCAUCAUGCAUUGUAAUACAUUUAAAUGGGUAUCAUUUUGAAUUUGUCAUGGUGCUUGGCCUUUUUUUAUGAUAUCCACACAGUUCAGUGAGCAGGUGACCAUGUUUGUUGACUUUUGUGUUGGUUAUUAUUUAUUGUUUUUGCGCCAUGAUUAGGGAAGGUUGUUUAGAUUGGCUCAUAAAAGUGAAUGAUGUGCUGUAAUUCCACUCAGUGCACAAUUCAGGGUAAUUGACCUUUACAUAUUCAUAGUGUCCACAAGGUGGUGGCAAAAUCAGAUAUUUCAAGUUCAUUUGGAAACGCUCCUCGGGCCUUACUAAAGAUCAUGAUGAAUUGAUUGAAGUUUGGACAACCCUUUUCUACACCAAUAAGUCUGAGUUAAAGACCAGGGGACUUUCCAACAAAUUGUAGUUCAAUUGGCUGUUAAAAAAAUGACACUAUGCAGUUUUCCUUCAAAUAAAUGUGAUUAAAGUCUAUAGUUAGCCUCUAAAACUCACUGAAACUUAACCUUGAAAUAAAUGUGAUUAAAGUCUAUAGUUAGCCUCUGAAACUCACUGAAACUUAACCUUCAAAUAAAUGUGAUUACAGUCUAUAGUUAGCCUCUGAAACUCACUGAAACUUAACCUUGAAAUAAAUGUGAUUACAGUCUAUAGUUAGCCACUAAAACUCACUGAAACUUAACCUUCAAAUAAAUGUGAUUACAGUCUAUAGUUAGCCACUAAAACUCACUGAAACUUAACCUUCAAAUAAAUGUGAUUACAGUCUAUAGUUAGCCACUAAAACUCACUGAAACUUAACCUUGAAAUAAAUGUGAUUACAGUCUAUAGUUAGCCUCUAAAACUCACUGAAACUUAACCUUGAAAUAAAUGUGAUUACAGUCUAUAGUUAGCCUCUGAAACUCGCUGAAACUUAACCUUCAAAUAAAUGUGAUUACAGUCUAUAGUUAGCCUCUGAAACUCACUGAAACUUAACCUUGAAAUAAAUGUGAUUACAGUCUAUAGUUAGCCACUAAAACUCACUGAAACUUAACCUUCAAAUAAAUGUGAUUACAGUCUAUAGUUAGCCACUAAAACUCACUGAAACUUAACCUUGAAAUAAAUGUGAUUACAGUCUAUAGUUAGCCCCUGAAACUCACUGAAACU